AUGGGAAGGGGUUCAAGGAUCUGUUGUCAGAAGGCACCUCGAGAUCUGCUGAUGAGCAGCGAAGCAACGAUGGCGCUUCAGGCUCAGAGGAGGAAUGGGUAUAAUGUGUCCGAGGAUGAUGAUGCUGCAUCUCUUGACGAAUGGUUCGACGCUGUUCAUAUAUGUUGGAGUAGGGGCUACAAGGAAGACGGAGUGGUUGGCGUUGCAAAUUUUCUUUGUUAUUGGUUAGUUUCUCGAAACAGAAGUCGAAUUCCUGAACUAUGAACAAGUUUGUUCU